AUGUGGAGUGACGACGCCGAGGCGACCUUGACCCUCGACCCUCAACCCUGCCAUUCCGGAGAGUGCUUAUUAUUAGGCUGCCCCUCGAUCCCAUCAAGUCAGGAGCCACACGCUCAGCCAGCCGUCUCCGCUUUGCUAUUGCGGUUCCGAGCCCUCCUGCACCGGAAUCCUCUGCCUCUAUCGCCCAGAAGCGCCCGCCAACCUGUUGCCGGCAUGGCGGCCCCAACCGAUACCACCAAGCAAACCCCGACAAGCUCUGGCCCAGAGUCCCCUACCACUGCCAGACCAUUCGAGAUGGACGACGACGAUGUCCAGGAAACUGGCGUCCUAGGUGACGAUGGAACCCACCAGACUUCUACUACCACGUCUGCGACACCGGCUGCCGCGACAACGACGACACCUUCAACUGGCGAUGAGGCCGCCCCUCCCAAACCCCCUCGCCCCUCCACCGAAUCCCAGAAGAACCAGCAGAUCCUGAAGGAGGCCUUCCCAGACAUUGAGGACGGAGUCAUCAGGGCUGUUCUUGUCGCCAGCGGCGGUCGCGUCGACCCAGCCUUCAAUGCGCUUCUGAGCAUGAGCGAUCCCGAUGCUGUUCAGUUCGAGCCACGCGAAUCUGCGCCGCCUCCGCAGCCCCCGCGCCCGACUGGGCGGGCUCCCAUGUCACAGGUCGAGGCCGAUGAACUGUACGCGAGGCAGCUCGCUGAGCAGUUUGACAAUGCAGGUGCCUACGAGGCCAGGGCUCACGGCCAAAGCCGUGGCCAGCAACCUCGCCGCCAAGCUACUGGUCUCCGGCCCGACGAGAUGUACGACCGGGAGCACAGCUUCAUUGACGAUGAUCUACCUAUAAUCCGCGAGAACCUGCGCAAGGGGUUCAUGGAAACGCAGACCAAGGUCAACAGCUGGUUCACCACCCUGAAGAAGCGUAUUGAUGGCGAGUACGAUUCGGAAGAAGACGAAUCUCAGCCAAGCCGCCGUACUCAGCCGGUAGCCCCCCGACGUAGUGGUGAAGGCAGCCGUAGAAGUACGGACUACGAGCGCUACGACGCGGAUCCUCAGGUGCUGAGCGACGAUUUCGCCGGCAUCAGGCUGAACCCAGACGGUAGCUCGGGCAAUCCCAACGUCUACAGGCCACCACCCAAGUCUGCAUCACCUCGGCCCGAUGGUCGUAAAGUUGCGUUCAAGGAAGGUCAUGAUGAUAUUGAUGACCCUUACAACGUAUCACCCAAGCUGCCUCCCAAGGACAACACCGCCACCCCUCCCGCUGGUGGCAAGGCCAGCAAGUGGCAGCCGAUGUCUGCCGUCGACCCCAACCCCAUUGCCGAGCACGAUCCUUUCAGCCUUGGGGACAGCGAGGAUGAGAAGGAAUCCAAGGACAAGGGUUCCAAGGAGACCAAGCCGGACGAUGAUAGCGAGAGACUCAAGAAAGCCACUGCCGAUGCCAUGGCCGAUAGCCUCAUGGACGACUCGAAGAAGGGCGAUACAACUAAGUAG